AGAGCCUAGAUCAGGAAAAUAAAUUAAAAUAAAAGCAUCAUGAGGCGACAAAGGGAGAUUUUAGAGAAGCUGGCAGCGACUUUUCACAUCCGGCAUGCGCUCCUCCGCCAGGCCCUGGCUGAAUGCCUGGGAACCCUUAUUCUGGUGAUGUUUGGUUGCGGUGCGGUGGCUCAGCUGGUGCUAAGCGGAGGAUCUCAUGGCACGUUCCUCUCUGUCAACCUUGCAUUUGGUUUUGCUGCGACACUGGGAAUCCUAGUGAGUGGACAGGUCUCAGGUGGCCACCUGAACCCAGCGGUGACCUUCACGCUGUGUUUGCUCGGGAGAGAGCCCUGGAGGAAGUUCCCGCUCUUCUUUCUCUUCCAGACCCUCGGAGCCUUCCUGGGUGCGGCGGUCGUGUUUGCAGUGUAUUUUGAUGCAUUAUGGGACUUCGGCCAGGGUGAGCUGAUUGUCGUUGGAAGGAAUGCCACAGCUGGGAUUUUUGCCACGUACCCAGCAAAACAUCUCACACUGGUUAACGGAUUCUUUGAUCAGAUCAUCGGAACAGCAGCACUCAUUAUGUGCAUCUUGGCCAUAGUUGAUCCAUGCAACAACCCCGUCCCUCGAGGCCUGGAAGCCUUCACGGUCGGGUUUGUUGUCUUGGUCAUUGGCAUGUCAAUGGGCUUCAACUCUGGCUACGCAGUCAACCCGGCCAGGGACUUAGGGCCACGCAUCUUCACGGCUUUGGCAGGCUGGGGUGGAGAAGUUUUCACGGCUAACACCUACUGGAGCAUUGUGCCUAUCUGUGCCCCAUUCCUGGGUGCAGUGGUGGGUGUGUUGAUGUACCAGCUGAUGGUCGGAUACCAUUUUGAAGGAGAAGUUCAAGAGGAGCAGAGGAAGGAGGAGGAAAGGUUCAAACUUUCCAGUGUCGCAGCCAACGAAGAUGCAUGAGAUUUCUACUAUCACGCUCUUGACUAACAUCUUCUGUUUUUUCUGGUGAUUUAGAAACAAACUGUCCCCUUUUACACCUUAAGCACAUUUUCUGACAUUUUCCACACGUAAGCCUUCAGUCUAUAAUAUUGAAGACAUUUCCUCUUGUGCCACCUCGUCAUACACGGAAGCCGUUUCUCACAAAAUGAUUGCAAUCGUUGUUUGCAUUCUCUUUCAUUUGAACCUCUGGUAAGAUCUUUCAAGCGUUAACUAUUCCCUUCAUGCUUCAUGUCUGAGUAAAUAAAUUUAUCGACUUACGGAAAAACAGCAAACAAAAGACGGUUUAAGGUGGAGAAGGACUUGAAGGGCGCCUUGUUUACUUGCCUGAGAUGGAAGAUACCUUCAAAUCACCAUCAAAUCAAAAAGCAUUCCCACUCAACAUUUUACUCCUUUGUACUGCUCUCGCUUCCAUUUGGGGAAAAAAACUAUGUAUGGUAUGUUACUUCCUGAAAUGGAGACGCAUUUCCUUUUACUGCACACCCAAAUCAACACAACUGUCAGACAUGCUGCCAAUUAAAGCAUUUUACCGUCAAA